AUGGCAGAGUUCGCUGCUGUCGGAGUCGCAGCCAGCAUUUUGCAAGUGAUCGACUUUGGCACUCGCUUCAUUGCUACCGCAUGGCAGCUCAGUAAAUCAGAGCAAUCUUUUCUCGCCAGUCUCGAAGACCUACGUAAAACGUCGAAAAACUUUAGAGAUGCUCAGCGCACUCUACAGAGCACCGAUCCGGGAUCGAACACAGCGAUAGUUUCGCUGGUGCAGAAAAGUAUUGCAAUUUCAGAGGAAAUGACGGAUUCGAUGGAUAAGAUCGGCCGUGGGCGGAGCGCUUUGAAGAAAGCCUGGCUAGCACUUUGGAAGGAGGAAAAGCUCAAGACCCUCGAAGUAAGGCUGAGAGAUGUGCAGCUGGACUUAACUUUCCACAUGACAGUCGACCUCAGGUCGGUCGUGCGGGACAGCGCGGAAAAACAGGAUCAAAUACUGAGAGAGCUUCGCAAGUCAGGCUCAAAGAACUUGAAAGAUGAGGCAGAAAGCUCAGAUGACUCGACAUUAGGCUAUGGAGCUUCGAUAGUUGAGUGUUUGACUGACGGUCUCCAACUUCAUGAUAAAAUCAAGUCAGAGCUCAUUGGCGAUUUGGUUGCCAAUAUAUACAGCUUGGAUGGAGCCUAA